AUGCCUCCACCAACUGAACAUAACAAUCAAUCAAUAAAACCAGAUUUUAUCAGUCAUGAUAACUCAGUGGAAAUAGACUAUGAAGCACUACCUGAAUCUGCCACUUUGGGUGCACAACUAGCUGCUGGAGCAUUUGCAGGUAUAAUGGAGCAUUCAAUAAUGUUCCCAAUCGAUGCAAUAAAGACAAGAAUGCAAUCAAUGAAUUCCACAACAGUAUAUACAGGUGUCCUUAACGCUAUAACGAGGAUAAGCUCCACUGAAGGUUCCCUAGCGUUAUGGAAAGGUAUAAAUUCAAUGGUUUUAGGUGCUGGACCUGCUCAUGCUGUUUAUUUUGCAACUUAUGAAUUUGUAAAGAAAAAUUUAAUCAAAGAUGAUGAAUUAAAUAAUUUAAAUCCAGUUAAAACUGCAAUUGCAGGUAGUUGUGCUACAAUUGCAGCUGAUGCAUUAAUGAACCCUUUUGAUACAGUUAAACAAAGAAUGCAAUUAGGUUCUUCAAAUUAUUCAAUGUUUCAAUUGUCAAAAUUCAUGUAUAAAAAUGAAGGUUUUAAAAGUUUUUAUUAUAGUUAUCCAACAACUAUAAGUAUGAAUAUACCAUUUGCUGCUAUGAAUUUUAUGAUUUAUGAAAGUUCAACAAAAAUCUUAAACCCUUCAAAUAAUUAUGAUCCAAUUAUUCAUUGUUUUUGUGGUGGGUUAUCAGGUGCAACAGGUGCUGCAUUAACAACUCCAUUAGAUUGUAUUAAAACAUUAUUACAAAUUAGAGGUGAAUCUAAAAACCCAGAUGUUAGAAAUUCAAACACUUUGUUUAAAGCUGCUAAGAUCAUUUAUCAAUUGAAUGGAUGGAGUGGAUUUUGGAGAGGUUUAAAACCAAGAAUUAUUGCAAAUGUUCCUUCAACUGCUAUAUCUUGGACUGCAUAUGAAAUGGCUAAACAUUUCUUACUUGAUGAUUUAAAGAAAUGA